CACAUCGCCCCUCCGCCCGCACCCACCUGGAAGCCGGCAAGCCGCCCCCGCCCCGGACGAAGCGACCCAUCACCACCACCACCGGUUCAGUCAGCUCCGGCCUCCGGCGUCACACCGCGCGCCUGGCCUGGCUAUAAACACCCGCCCCCUCCCCACGGCGGCACGGCACGGCGGCCAAAACUGCACGGGAUAUUUCCCUUGUCCGCUCGGCUGGGCACGUCGACUCCAAAGCGAAGCGAAGCGAGGAAAAGGCAGUAGAACUGAGCCCCGAGGAGUAGGAGGAUGAGCACCAUGGCCGUGGCGUCGUCGUCGCUGAACCCGAACGCGCCGCUCUUCAUCCCGGCGGCGUACCGGCAGGUGGAGGACUUCUCGCCCGAGUGGUGGGAGCUCGUCAAGACCACCGCCUGGUUCCGCGACCACUGGUUCCGCCAGCACCAGCUCCACGAGGCGGCCUACGAAGCCGCCGCCUUCGGCCUCCCCGACGACGCCGACGUCGACGUCGCCGCGCUCCUCCCCGACGACUCCGUCGACCUGCUCGACACCGACGACCUCUUCUACGCGCCCGACCACCACGUCGCCAAGCCCGCCGGGUACGACCUCGACGUGCUCAGGGCGGUCAGCCUCGGCUCCCCGAGGGCCGUCGUCGGCGCACCGUCGCCGCGCGCCCAGCAGCAGAGGCACGCCGACAAGCCGGCGCACCACGUCGGCGUCAGGGGCGCCGCGCGCCGCGUCAUCCACCAGCCUCGCUAGAAGCCUUUCCUCGUCCCAUGGCGACCCACGAUGGCUGCUGCGGCUGCUGCUGUCUAGUGUAACAUCAAGUCUAGUCUGUUUCUGUGUAUACGUACGACUAAAAAAAGAGAGGAGAAACUCAACCAAGGAGUCUGGAGCUCUCCUCUCCUUGUAGUUUCUUAUGUUCAGUUCAGAUCAGGUCGAUCGAGCCGAGCUGUCUUAGAAAAGAGAGAAAAAAAAGAAAAAAAUUGGAGUGAUGCAGAAUCAUGUACUCCUCCUCCCUUGUUCAUGUUGUUGGAUAUAAGAUGGCAAGCAGUCUGAUGUUAGAAGUUAUUCUUCACCGGAUGCUUC